GAGCUCAAUUUACUACGUGUCAAAGUUCAUGGAAAAAAUUACUAAUUAACCAAAUACAAAUUAUGUGUUCGCCGUCCCCUUUCUUCUUGUUCUAAAACAUUGUGAUUGUCAUACAUGUAAAUACAAAAGGGAUACAUACAUCGAUGGAAACAACUCUUGAUAAUGAUUCAUUGAUAUUAAUCUAUCCAAAAAAAAAGGUUCUAUUAAUUAUCAUCCUCUUCAAGCAUUCUCUACAAUUUUUUAAUAGAUUCCAAAAUAUAUAUUUAUAAUUAAAUCCCACUCAUUUUUUAUAAAAAUUCUACAUAAUUUACAAUAUUGAAAUCGUAGAAUGCCUGCUAUGAUUGAUAUAUAAGUAUUAUCAAUUGGUUUAGAGUCCACAUUUAAUAGUACCUUCUUUAAAAAACAUUCUUGUCCAAUGGAUGAGAAUAAUAGUACUCAAGAAAUAAACCAGGAGAUUUCCAUAAGUGAAGAUGAGCUCUCACCAAUUGAGGAGGUUCGGUUAACCGUACCGAAUACGGACGACAUGUCGUUGCCCGUAUGGACCUUUCGGAUGUGGUUUUUGGGCCUUCUCUCUUGCAUUCUUCUGUCGUUUCUGAACCAGUUCUUCUCUUAUAGGAAGGAGCCACUGGUGGUCACCCAGAUUACGGUCCUAGUGGCAACCCUUCCAGUGGGCCAGUUCAUGGCUUCCGUACUUCCAAAGACUAAGUUUGGAAUCCCUGGUUUUGGGUCAAGAAAAUUCUCACUCAACCCAGGCCCAUUUAACAUUAAGGAGCAUGUUUUGAUAUCUAUAUUUGCUAAUGCCGGAAGUGCUUUUGGAAAUGGUUCUGCUUAUGCUGUUAUGAUUGUCGAUAUUAUUAAAGCCUUUUAUCAUAAGAAGAUUUCUUUUUUGGCUGGUUGGCUUCUCAUCAUCACUACCCAGGUUUUAGGAUACGGUUGGGCGGGGCUGUUGAGGAAAUAUGUGGUGGAGCCGUCGCAUAUGUGGUGGCCGAACACUCUUGUUCAAAUCUCCCUAUUCAGGACCUUGCAUGAAGAAGAGGAAGUAGAAGACAAAUACAACAAAAAACGAAUUUCUCGUGCAAAGUUCUUCAUCAUUGCAUUGACUUGUAGUUUCUGCUGGUACGUGUUCCCGGGAUACCUUUUCCAAACCCUGCAAAGCAUUUCGUGGAUUUGUUGGGCCUUUCCCAAUUCAGUUAGGGCCCACCAAAUUGGGUCGGGCCUUAAAGGGCUCGGACUCGGUGCAUUCACUCUGGACUGGACUACUGUGGCCUCAUACUUGUCCAGCCCACUAGUCAGCCCAUUUUUCGCCAUCGCCAACAUUAUGGUGGGCUAUGUUGUGAUAAUAUAUGUGGUCAUGCCCGUUUCGUACUGGGGUUUAGAUGUAUUCGGUGCUAGAAAAUUUCCCAUAUUCUCGGCAGAUUUGUUUACCGGGUCGGGUCAACCCUACAAUGUGUCUUUGAUUGUUAAUGAUCUAUUUGAGCUUGACCAAGUAGAGUAUGUAAAGCAAGGAAGGGUCCAUUUAAGCACUUUUUUUGCUAUCACUUAUGGUUUUGGAUUUGCUACUAUAGCUUCUACACUUACUCAUGUGGCCUUGUUCCAUGGAAGGGAGAUUUACGAUCGGUUUAGAGCUUCGGUGAAAGGAAAGGAUGAUAUUCACACAAGAUUAAUGAAAAACUACAAAGACAUACCUUCGUGGUGGUUUUAUUUGCUUCUGGCGGUUACAAUUACAGUGUCUCUUGCACUUUGCAUAUUUCUCAAAAAGCAAAUUCAGUUGCCUUAUUGGGGACUUCUAUUUGCAGCUUUUCUUGCCUUCUCUUUCACUCUUCCCGUUAGUGUUAUUACAGCUACCACCAAUCAGACUCCAGGACUUAAUAUCAUCACCGAGUACAUUAUGGGAGUAAUUUAUCCAGGAAGACCCAUAGCCAAUGUCAGCUUCAAGACAUAUGGAUAUAUGAGCAUGUCUCAAGCAAUCUCUUUCCUUAGUGACUUCAAAUUAGGCCAUUACAUGAAGAUUCCUCCCAGGUCCAUGUUCCUAGUACAGUUCAUAGGCACCAUGUUAGCGGGAACUGUAAAUAUGAGCGUGGCAUGGCUACUUCUCAACACCGUAGACAACAUAUGCCAAGACGAGAAUAACACAUGGACUUGCCCUAACGACAACGUGUUCUUCGAUGCCUCAGUGAUUUGGGGAUUGGUGGGACCGAAGCGAAUCUUUGGGUCACAGGGAGAGUACCCAUCUCUGAAUUGGUUCUUCUUAGGGGGAAUUUUGGGGCCAUUCUUGGUUUGGUUCUUCCACAAGCUCUUCCCCAAACAGAAGUGGAUUCCUUACAUUAACCUGCCCGUACUGCUCGGCGCCACGGCGAUUAUGCCACCCGCCACGCCGCUGAACUACACUUCGUGGAUUGUGGUGGGAACUGUGUUCAACUUCUUUGUUUUUAGGUAUAGGAAGAAGUGGUGGCAAAGGUAUAACUACGUCCUCUCUGCGGCGUUGGACGGUGGGGUUGCUUUCAUGGCGGUCUUGCUUUACUUCUCACUUGGUGUUGAAAAUAAGGCACUCCAUUGGUGGGGUUCUUCCCCGGAUAUAGACACUGAGCAUUGUAACCUUGCUACAUGCCCUACUGCAAAGGGUGUGUGGAUUGAGGGUAGUGGAUGCCCAAUCUUUUAGUAAAAAGAAUUACAUUUUGCUUUGUGUUAUAAAUUUGUUAUUAUUUAAUGGAUACUUUAAAAUUA